GUCCUAUAAUUUCGCCGUCAGAAGACAAAAUUCACUUAUCUUUCUUUCUCUCUCAAACUCAACGGAAAUCUGAGACCCCAACAACGUUCAGAAGCCCAAACUCCGACUACUAACCAAAAAGAACACAGCUGCUUACCACCACUACUCUCUCUCUCUCUCUCUCUCUCUCUCUCUAAUCCAUAAAGGAGAUCUAACUAGCAGCAAAAGUGACUUCCUUUAUGAAUCCGAAACCAGGUCGAUGGGCGGAGUCACGUCGUCGAUCGCCGCUAAGUUCGCCUUCUUCCCCCCAAACCCUCCGUCUUACACGCUGACCGCCGACGAUUCCUCCGCUGGCAAACUUCACAUCUCUGAGGCUCCCAGAAGAGAAGGCGUGGAUGUUUUGAAGCUCCGGACUCGACGCGGCAAUGAAAUCGUGGCCGCACAUAUCAAGCACCCCAAAGCAACGGCCACGCUGCUCUAUUCCCAUGGUAAUGCCGCCGAUUUGGGCCAGAUGUUCGAGCUCUUUGUCGAAUUGAGCCUUCGUCUUCGGAUCAAUCUCAUGGGGUAUGAUUACUCUGGCUAUGGACAGUCAACUGGAAAGCCAACUGAAUAUAAUACAUAUGCGGACAUAGAUGCAGUAUAUAAGUGCCUCAAGGAGCAGUAUGGGGUCAAAGAUGAACAACUGAUAUUAUACGGACAGUCGGUUGGUAGUGGUCCCACCAUUGAUCUUGCGUCUCGUGUGCCAGAUUUGAGAGGUGUUGUUCUACACAGUCCUAUUCUGUCUGGCAUAAGGGUAUUGUACCCCGUCAAACGGACGUAUUGGUUCGAUGUUUUCAAGAAUAUCGAUAAAAUCGGCAUGGUAAACAGUCCUGUUCUAGUUAUCCAUGGGACAGCAGAUGAAGUUGUUGAUUGGUCCCAUGGGAAACAGCUAUAUGAGCUUUGCAAAGAAAAGUAUGAACCCUUAUGGCUAACUGGGGGCGGGCAUUGCAAUCUUGAGCUAUAUCCCGAAUUCAUCAAACAUCUGAAAAAAUUCGUACUGACCCUCAGCAAGUCAAAAGCACCUACGAAUGGUUCAAAGAAAGCAUCAUUAGACUCUGACACUCAGACCAAACCAUCUGAAGGCGCAACUGCCGACACAUUUGAGUUGCAACCUGAUCUUCCUGAAGUUUCUAGAAACAGUUUAGACAGCCGACUUGAGAAGUCUAAGAAGUCAAACAAGCCUGAAAAAUCACGAAUGAGUACGGACCGUGUUGAUAGGUUUAGGAGAAGAAAGGGCUUAGUCUGGUGA